UGCUGGUGGCUGGUGUGAUAAAAGGGACUGAUUGGAGGGUCCGCCGUCCGUCGUCUACCCAGUCCCAGUCUACUAACCUAAAAAUUUUUUUUUGUGCUUGUGUUGUACUUGUACUACUUUUGUUUGUUUGUGUAGUGUUUGUGCAAAAUCGAUCAACAAAGAGUGAACUUUAUUAGUAUUUUUAUAUAGAAAUAAAUAAAAGUGUGUGCAAUGAAAAAGACUACAGCCCAAACUAGCUGCUUUUUGGUUUACCAAUCAGGACGCAAGCUGAUCGAUAUGGUAGUGGGGGUAUGAGUGUGGAUGGUGGAUGGACUGGGUUUACUAACUUUUUCGCGAGCCAAGUCAGCCGAGCAGGUCUCUUGUAGUUUCGAAAAGUAGCAACAAAAUGUUAAUAAGUUCAUUUUUUUAUAUAUUCUUAUGAUUCGUUCAUGUCCGGUGACGUAAAGUAAUUGCUCGAGUAAUGGACUUUUCCGAAAAGCCUACGAUUUUAUCGAGGAUUUUAUUUUCUGUGUGUGCACGGCGACUCGUCCUAGUCUGAAUAUAUUCCACAAACUACAGUAGAUACUCUCGAACAGGGCUUUGUAAAAGUUACAGAAAAGUGAAAAGCUGAAGAGUAACAUGCGGAAUUCAAUAUAGGGUUUUAGAAAAAUUGCCUUUAUUAUACCUACCUAACCUACCUAGAUGAAACUGAUAAUGAACUAAAUGAAUACAAAAAUAAAAUGGAGGUGCAUGUUAUAAUAAUUAUUAUAUCCAGUCAUAGUAACAAUAUGAAAAGACAAUAGUGACAAUACUAAUUGUUUUUUUUCAUACAGAAUAUGAAUAAUUGGUGAAUCUAUGUCAAAACAUGUCGAACAAAGAAAAACCAAUAAAUAAUGGCAAUACUAAUGGUUUAAAAGGUAGCCCAGGCAGUUCGAAAAACUCUCCAAUUAAGUGCAAUGAACAUUAUAGCCAAUGCAAAGAAGAAGCAUUUCAAUUCGAAGUCCCAACUGAAGCUCCAGUUUUUCAACCUACAGAAGAAGAAUUUUUGGACCCUUUAGCUUACAUUGCUAAAAUAAGACCAAUUGCGGAAAAAACAGGAAUAUGUAAAAUUAAACCACCAACAAGAUGGCAACCUCCAUUUGCUGUAGAUGUGGAUAAGUUGAGGUUCACUCCUAGGAUACAAAGGCUAAAUGAAUUGGAGGCUAAAACACGGGUAAAAUUAAAUUUUCUCGAUCAAAUAGCUAAAUUUUGGGAAUUGCAAGGAUCAUCUCUAAAAAUUCCUAUGGUAGAAAGAAGAGUUCUUGAUUUAUACACAUUACAUAGAGUAGUAAAACAUGAAGGUGGUUUUGAUGAAGUUACUAAACAAAGGAAAUGGUCCAAAGUAUCAAUUCAUUUGGGUUACCAAAUCGGAAAGAAUGUUGGAACAAUUUUGAAGCAGCAUUAUGAAAGGUUAAUAUAUCCUUUUGAUGUUUUCAAAGAAGGAAAAAAGGUUCCUAUUACCAUUGAAAUCAACGACGAGGGGCAUGAAAUAACUACUGAUAAAGACUAUAAACCGCAUGGCAUUGUUAAUCGCAUGGCUGUGAAGCCCCCAUCAGAUAAAAAUGCUAGACGAUCUAAAAGAUUUGAGACCACUGAAAAUGAUAAGACUGAGAUAGAACUUAAAAUCAAAGAAGAAAAAUGUGAAGAUGCUAAAAAUAAGGAUGAUGAUAAGGAUGGUGGUAAUGAGGAUAAAAGUAAAGAACUAAAACGACUCCAGUUUCUUGGGCCUGGGCCCAAAAUCGCUUUAUAUGAUGAAAAAAAGGAAUUUAAACCCAGAGCCAAACAUAUUAAGUACGAUUUUGAUCCUUUAGCAAAAUAUAUCUGCCGUAACUGUAACCGAGGAGACGCAGAAGAAUACAUGCUACUAUGUGACGGUUGUGACGACAGUUAUCACACAUUUUGUCUGAUGCCACCCUUAACUGAAAUUCCUAAAGGUGAUUGGAGGUGUCCCAAGUGUGUUGCAGAGGAAGUAUCAAAACCUAGUGAAGCUUUUGGGUUUGAACAGGCCCAAAGGGAAUAUACCUUACAACAAUUUGGAGACAUGGCUGAUAGUUUCAAGUCAGAUUAUUUCAAUAUGCCAGUUCAUAUGGUUCCAACUAGUACAGUUGAACGAGAAUUCUGGCGCAUUGUUUCUUCAAUAGAUGAGGAUGUGACCGUAGAGUAUGGAGCCGAUUUACACACUAUGGAUCACGGUUCUGGUUUUCCUACAAAAUCAUCUGCAAAUCUUUUCCAAGGGGAUAAAGAGUAUGCGGAAUCGAGUUGGAAUUUAAAUAAUCUACCUGUACUUGAAGGAUCAGUUUUAGGAUACAUUAAUGCUGAUAUAUCAGGAAUGAAGGUUCCAUGGAUGUAUGUUGGUAUGUGCUUUGCAACAUUUUGCUGGCACAACGAAGAUCACUGGUCCUAUUCUAUUAACUAUCUUCAUUGGGGUGAAGCUAAAACAUGGUAUGGAGUUCCAGGUAAUAGGGCAGAAAAAUUUGAAGAAACGAUGAAGUCAGCAGCUCCUGAAUUAUUCCAUUCUCAACCGGAUUUAUUGCAUCAACUCGUCACUAUUAUGAAUCCAAAUAUUCUUAUGAAUGCUGGUGUACCAGUUUACAGGACUGAUCAGCAUGCUGGAGAAUUUGUUGUUACUUUUCCGAGGGCUUAUCAUGCAGGCUUCAACCAAGGGUAUAAUUUUGCCGAAGCAGUAAACUUUGCUCCUGCGGACUGGUUAAGAAUGGGUAGAGAAUGCAUUCUACAUUAUUCACACUUGAGGAGAUUUUGUGUAUUUGCCCACGACGAGCUUGUUUGUAAAAUGGCACUGGAUAAUGAUAAGCUGGAUUUAACUAUUGCCGCGGCCACUUAUCAGGAUAUGCUUGUUAUGGUGGACACUGAAAAGAAAUUACGGAAAACGCUACUUGAUUGGGGUGUCACAAAUGCAGAACGUGAAGCAUUUGAACUACUACCAGAUGACGAAAGACAAUGUGAAGUAUGUAAAACAACAUGUUUCUUAUCUGCAGUGACCUGUUCUUGUACAUCAAAUACUCUUGUCUGUCUAAGACAUUAUAAAAAUUUAUGUGAAUGUCCUUCAGCAAAAAGAACUUUAAGAUAUAGAUAUACUCUAGAUGAAUUGCCAAUUAUGUUAAAAGCUCUAAAACUCAAGGCUGAAUCAUUUGAUCAUUGGGUUGCAAAAGUAAAAGAUGCCCUCGACCCAAACACUCCCAAGACCUUAAAUUUGAAUGAUUUAAAAGCCCUUCUUAAUGAAGCAGAUGGAAAAAAAUUCCCAAAAUGUGAGCUUCUUCAAACUCUAACUAGUGCUGUUAUUGAUGCUGAAAAAUGUGCUAGUGUCAUCCAUCAGUUAGAUCUCAAUAAAAUGCGCACUAGAACUAGGCAUUCUAAUGAAGUCAAAUAUAAAUUAACAGUUGAAGAGCUGACAUUAUUUUGUGAUGAAAUUAAUAGCCUGGCCUGCGUUUUGGAUGAAGCCAAAAGCAUAAGAGUCUUACUUACCCAAACUCAACUAUUUGAAGCAAAAAGUGAAGAGCUCCUCAGUCAAUCUUUACAACAAAAUUCCCUUGUAGAAUUGGAAGAAUGUCAAAAUCAUGGUAGUGGUUUGUGUAUAGAUCUUCCAAAUCUUCAACUUAUUGGUACAAGAAUUAGACAGGUACAAUUUAUGAAAGAAGUAGAUACUUACAGAAAAAAAUCUGAUGUCAUGGAAGUUGAUUUAAUUAAAAAUUUAAUAGAACAGGGUUACUCUAUUCCUCCUCAUGUGGAAAUGGAAAAAGAAUUAUCCAAUCUUCAGUUAAUAGUCCAUCAAAGUCAAGAAUGGGAACAGAAAGCACAAGAGUUUCUUAGAUGUCAGGAUCCGAAUAUACUUACGCAGGGUGAAAAGCUUCUUAAAGAUGCAUCAAAUAUUCCUUGCCAUUUACCCACAGCGUCUAUUGUUUCUGAUGCGAUUAAGAAAGGCAGAGAAUGGACCAAACAAUUAGAAGAAAUUAACUCAGCUGAAUAUUACCCUUAUUAUAGUGCCAUACAAGAAUUGAUAAGAAAAGGGCGCCAAUUAGUUAUUCAUUUAGUAGAAGUUGACCGAAUAAAUGAAUACCUUAUUCUGGCUAAUGCUUGGAAAGAGAAAACUUGCAGAGUUUUUCUCAGGAAAGAUUCGCCUACAACUUUAAUGGAUGCUUUAGCACCUAGAACUGCUUCACUUACCAGUAAACCACCUAAAAAGGGCAAAGGCACUGAGGAUGAUUCAAAAUCUAUAGUUUUCACUCAUACAAUAGAUCCAGCUACUGUUGUAGCAUUAUUUAAAGAAGCAGAAGAAAGUGAAAUGUCUAUGAUAAGAAAAUUGAGACAAUUUAACCAACAGAAAUCUCUAGAACCAAAUGACCUUAGCUACAGUUAUUGUGUCUGUGGACGAGGUGCUUUUGGUAUUAUGAUGAGAUGUGAACUGUGUCUGGAUUGGUUCCACUCCACUUGCACUUAUCUUCCAAAAAUUGCCUUCACCAAAUUUAAAGGCAAUGUUCUUAAUAUUGCUAUAAGCUUAGGGUUCAAAGAUUGUAAAUACAUUUGUUGCAAUUGCCAAAGAUCCAAAAGACCUAGACUGGAUACAAUUCUUAGUUUACUAAUGUCUCUUCAAAAACUGUAUGUUAGGGUGCCUGAAGGCGAAGCUCUUCAAUGCUUAACUGAAAGAGCAAUGAACUGGCAAGAUAGAGCCCGGCAGCUUCUGCUAACUCCUGAACUUGAAAGAGCCAAAAUUAGAUUAAAUAAUUUAAGUCAAAAGUUUACUGAUGCUGCUGCGAAACAAAAAACUGAGAAGAUCAAUACUGACUCGAAAAGGGCUUCUAAAAUUCCUGAGCCUCACCGAGUACUCGAAAUCGCUUCAUUUAGUGCAGUAAACGAAGAAGGUUUAGCCUGUGAUAGUGGAAUUAACGAAUCUGAUGAUGCAUCAAGAGAAUCAACAAGAGAUUCUGAUGAUAGAAUGGGAGAACAUGCAUAUAGUCUUCACCUUCCGAAAAACGAAGGUGAAGAUUCUGUUGUACGGAUCUCUCCAGAAGUAAGAAAGAAAAUGGAAGACUUGCUUAUGGAAGGUGAUUUACUAGAAGUGUCUCUAGAUGAAACUGUAGCCUUAUGGAAAUUAAUGCUAAGCUCUAGAGAUCACGAUCGUGAAGUGAUGCUUAUCGACUUUGACGCACAUCUCAAACCAAGUCCAAAAAAACGAGGGAGAAAGAGACUUUCUGAGGAUCCCGUCGAUCCUGCCAAAAAAACACCUAAAACUGCAAAAGCAGACGGAGAAAAGAAAGUUCGCGGUCGUAAGCAACAACCCUCCAAUAAAGAAGGUCCAGUGAAAAAAUUACGGGGUAAACGCAGAGGCCGACGUCGUCAGUCUACUGCUUCCAAUAGUAGUGACAGUGAAGAAGAAGACUGUGCAGCUAAUGGCUGCCAAAGACCAUCAGGACAAAAUGUGGAUUGGGUUCAAUGCGAUGGUGGUUGUGAACAAUGGUUUCACAUGGCAUGUGUUGGUUUAUCAGUUGAAGAAAUAAAUGAAGAUGAGGACUAUAUUUGUAUGACUUGUUCUCGAAGUACUACUUUUGAGAAUGUUGAGCCAUGUGAAACUGUGUCUUGCAGUCCAGGAUCGCCAGACUUAUCACAACCUUCCACUUCGAAGGAUGUUUCUUAGUGGUUAGAAAUUAUACUAAUCGGAUCGCCCACACAGCUGAUUUCCAGGAAUUCGAAGAGAAGACAUCACUUGCUGUAUGGGCUCACACCUAUCCUGGCAUUGUGGCGGAUUUGGUAUGCUGGCUUGUGUUGCAUCUGACGAGAACAAACAAGUAUAUAGUAAUGAAAGUGCCCAAUGAAAAGAAGCUCGAUUUUCUCUUCAUUGUCUCACGAAGCACACACAUGUAUUGCAUUGUCGAGAAGCGAACAUACAUCCUCAUAGUAUGAGGUAAAUGUGGUGGAUUGCACAAUCAACUCCUGUAUAGAUAAAACUACAGUGACUAAAUGAACCUUUACAUACAGUGGCGACAAUAGAGGUCCCGCCGCCAUUUUGUGCCUUACCUCUUGCUACUUUUAAAUAUGAAUAUAUAUAAUAUAUAUAUAUUUCUGGUGGAUGGCCAUUUAAAUCCUAUAUAUUCAUAUUUAAAAUUACCAAGAGGUAGGGCACAAAAUGGCGGCGUUUUCCAUAUGAAUAUAUAGGAUUUUAAAGAACCAAUCAUAAAUGAGACGGCAACACGCCACUGUGGUAAUAGAGUUACUGUAGAUAAAACCAACUAAGAAGAAGCCACUAUGUGAUCUUUUGUUUCACUUCAAAUGGGAGGGCCCUAGAGAAAAGGAAAUUUGCCUCAUUCAUCAGUGAUGACGUCAGGGCUUCUUCUUAGUUGGUUCUAAUUAUACUAUGAAUUUUUCAUAUAGACAAUAUUCUGAGUCAAUAUUGUAUUUGAAUUCUUCUCAUACAAAAAGACUCUUAUUUGAUAGAUUGGAAAUCUCCUCGGAUUCAUUGCUAUACUAUGUGCUUAAUGAUUAUUCAAACUCUGGUCAAGAGAAACUAAGGCAACAUCUGAGUAGAUUUUUAAACAUUUGAGUUGUAGGAGGGAGCCCGUUUUUGUCUCUAAAUAUAUCGUUUGCUGCUCACUUCAAAUAAGAUGAACAUCGUAAGACUAUUACCACUGGAAGCAGAGCAGAGAAAAAGAAAAGGCUUCGCUGAAACAGUAAAUCAUUCAAAUUGUAGAUUUUUGAAAUUGCUAUUUCUUAGCGAGUUCGAUCUCGAAUAUUGUGAUUCAAAGGAAACAUAUUCAAAAAUAGAGCAAAACCGAGUUUAACAGGGCAUAAUUAACAGACAGUAAAGGGCCCCACACACUACGUUCUGUCUCGUCAGUUUUCAUCGUCGCGAUUAACAACGUCAUGCUUCAUCGUCAGUGUGUUUUCACCACACACUACGCGAUUUUUUGGCAGUUGGACCCACAUACAACGGUUUUGGAACGAAAUGUUGAACCGUCGUGCCAAAAAUCAAGCUCGAGCUGAAUUUUAAACCUAUGAUGAGACACGACGGUUUUCUACCACACACUUCGGUUUUAGAUCGUCGUGUUUCAUCGCGGCGAUGAAAACCGACGAGAAAGAACGUAGUGUGUGGGGCCCUUGAGAUACACUCUUCUGCUAGCAAAAUGGCGACUAUUCAGAAAAUGUCGCUUUCAUAUACCAACCUUUCAUUACACAUUGAAUGAAUCAGAAUUAAGACGUCAAAUUUCAUGAUAUGAUGUUGAAUUUUCAUUUUUAUUUGAUGAGCUAACCUAAACUGACCGCUAACUUGUUCUGUCAGGUCCGAGCAGAUCUUCUGAAAUACUAUUUUUAUUCAUCACCUUUUUCUUGUCUCGUCCAUUCUGACAAUAUUUCAUAAUUAAAUUUUCGGAUUUUAUUAAUUAACUUACCUAUACAUUUUUUUUUUUAAUAAGUGUUGCUUUACCAUAUUCCAUAUUUGAUCCUCUAUUUAAAGUUCUCGAUAUGGAAUUAUUUUUUCUUGGAGCUAUCGUACAAGGGAAUGUCCAGUCCAACUUUUUCAAAAGUAUAAGAUAUUAUUUAGAUUUUUUUUUAAAUUACUGAAUAUGGCACAGUAAAUUUCUGCGGUAAUUUAAAAAAUACGGCAUGCAAUGUAUGUAGGUAAUAUUCACAUUUCAAAGUUUUCAAAAUUUAUUGAAUGAUGAUAAUCUCCAGAUUGACUGCCUGACUUGGAAAUAAGACUAGCAUUCACUAUAAAACCCGUUUCACAUCAGGCAGCAUGUAAAACUUUGUAUCGAAUUGCUUCACUAGAUUAUUUCUGAACAGUUUUUCUAAGGCCGGGGUUACCCAAUUCCUUAAUUCUUAAUUUUUGUUCUUAAUUCUCAAUCUUUAAAAACACCAAUGUUAAAUAAAUUGAACUUUUUAAGAAUGAACACGUUCGCUGCCAAGUACGAGUUAACUCGUAGUAGACAAUCUUAUUACAGGUGCCAGCUACGAGAUGACUCGUAUUUUGCAUCGUGUCGUUCAAAGUCAAAUACGAGUAUAUUCGUUGUAAAUAGAGGUUAAUGGGGGUGCCUGGCCUACGGGAUAUGUAUCAGAAUAUCACACAGACAUAGUUGAACAAAAAACAUUUUUUUUUUCAAACAUGGUAGUCCUUGGUAUGGUAUGGUAUUUUUUUGCAAAAAUAUGGGUCAGGUACUACUUUGGAUGAACAUUUUAUGUUAUUUAGACCUAUUUCGAUGAUAAAAUAUAGUUUUUCAACAUUGGCAUUUUGGACCCGAUCAACCGAAAUCUGUCUGGCAGCGAACGUGUUAAGGACAAAUAUUAAGAAUUAAGGAAUUGGAUAACUCAGGCCUAAGAGUCGUGCUGGCAACUUUUUCUGAAUGACCCAUUUCUGAAAAUCCAUGUUCCUCUAAAACUACAUUCCUAAUGAAUAGGGUAAUUUUCUUCUAUAUAAAUCCCCUAAAAAAAAAUUGCCCAGCGUUUUUUUUUAAUGAUAGAUGUCUGUUUCAUUAAAUAUUUUCUGUUAGGAAUCGGGCAUUUUCUCCAUUCAAAUCUUAAUUUUUUAGUCUAUCUUAAUCAUUUCCAAGAAGUAUGGAGCAUUCUUAGUUUUAUAUGUUCACCUGUUCAAAAAUAAUGGAGAUAUGAAUCGGAACAAUAGAGAAAUAUGCUUUCAUAAAUGAAAUUCUUACUUGCUGCAGACAUGGCAUAAACUUGUGUUCUUAUGCUAUGAUGGUGUACUUUGAAAAGAGGAGUUCCUCUUGUUGAAACAGGACCUGCAUCAACUUUUGCUCUAUAGUCUUAAUCAGUUCUAAUAUCCUUAGAAGUGAUUAGUUUUUUUUGACUGUGGCUCGAAUAAAUUUCUAAUACACCUGCAAUACGCUACAGCAAUAUUAAAAAACAAGAAAAGCAUCAUGACUUCAUAGUUCAUUGAAACUUUUUUAAAAUUAUAAAUAUUCAAUACUUGUAAUAAUUAUUAAUGAAGGUUUGUUUUUGUUAUGUGGAAUGAAAUAACUAGAAACAUAGUUCAAAAUUAGUUUUCCCUAUGCAAUUUUUUAGUACUAUAAAAUAAAUACUUACAUUGUACUUGUACACAGCUGGCAAAGGUAAAAGUGGAUUAUCAGCAUCAUUUACAAAUUUUGAAAUAGGAGCUUACUGUGUCCCACUAAAUGGGUGGGACAUUCCAAUCUUAAAACGAUUAUUGUUGAUUAUUUUGCACCAAACACACAAACAAAUCUGUUAUCUCUUGAAACCGAUCUAUGUCAAAUUUAAUUUUACCUAUAUAGAACAAAUUUAGGAAAUCAGUUAAUGGCAUGAUAUAACGUAACAUUGCGAUUGAUUUGGACAGACUUUACAUAAGAUGUAAUGUGGAUCGCCAAAUAUAAGAUCAAUGGGCUCAAUAAAACAAUAUAAACCACAUUAACAUUUCUUUUUAGGCGGUUACACACGGACGUGGAUGUCUGAAAACAUGUACGCACAUACAUGAACGUACAAACAAAAACAUCAAUGUGUAUGCAAAAUACCGUCGCGUUUUUGAAUGUGCAAUUUUGUAUGCACACUCGGAACUCUCUAGCAAGAAUAGCAAGACUGCAGUUUUGUGCGAGCGUCUGUACAAAAGCGCCAUGCACGUUCUUGGUUGCAUGUUGAUGUAUGCACGUAUAUGUAUUAAGACAUCCACGUCCGUGUGUAACCGCCCUUUGUAAGUUUAUUAUUAUUGUUAUACAAUUCAGCAUAAUUUUCUCUACAUUUGCCCCAGAAUAAUCGCAAUUGUAGGUAGAAACAUACAACAAAAAAGGGUCUUAUUGCAUGAUUCAAGAAAUUUUAUUCAAUUAUGACGGCAAUAUCCACUAAAUAAGAAUGCCUCUAAAGGGGUGUUAUUUUGUUUCUUCAGUUGUGAUAAAGUAGUACAUAGGUAUUUUAAAUAAUUGUAAUAUAUUUUAUAUCAUCCCUACAUAUACUGCUGUAGGAUAAGUAGUUAUUAAAGAAAAUUUUAGUAAUGUAUGAUAUUGUAACAAAGUAUUCUACUAUUUAUUUAUAUAUACAUAUAGAUAUAGCAAUUUUGUGAAUAGUAUAAUUCAGAACUAGUAUGUUUCCGAAGUUUAUGUGUCUGUCAUUUCAGUUUAUAUAUAAGAGAAUAGUUGAUAUCAAACAGGAGAUUUAUAAAAAUUAUUGAAAUAUUUCUUAGCAUGAUGUACAUAGGUACAGGGUAUUUGAUUAUAUUUGGCACCAUACCUACAGCCUUUACUAUUUAAGAUAGAAAAAAAAAUUAAAUACAAAACUUGACAGUUUUUUUUAUCGCAUAAUAUACAGGGUGUUCCAUUUAAAAAAGCCGAAGUUGCCUACGUUUCUCCAUUUUCCGAUGCGAUUUUGUUUUUUCUGAUACUAUUAAAUGAAAAUACAGAAAAAAACUGUCAAGUUUUGUAUUUAAUUUUUUUUUCUAUCUUAAAUAGUAAAGGCUGUAGGUAUGGUGCCAAAUAUUAUCAAAUACCCUGUACAUAUUUAUUAAUAAAUGUUCUUUGAUAUGACUGAAUGUAAGUAACCUACCAUAUAAAGAACUAAAUAUGGUCCGAUCAACAGAUUACAAUUGCCAAUAACACUAAUAAUAAGUAUAAUAGUUUUCAGCUUUAUAUUAUAUGGUAGUAUGUCCCAAAAAAUAUUCUCAUAAGGGCCGGGUUUUGUAUAUGUGUCAACAAGAUCGCUUUCACGCUGGCAUUUAUUUUUUUCCGGAUCGAAUGUUAUUGUGGUAAGUAUAGAAAAUAGGUUUGGCAAAUGUCACCUUUUGACGAAUGUUGACUCACGUAAGUGUAGAAAAAUCUGUGAAAAAAAUGCAAAUGCAUUGAUUUUACCUAUCAUUUGUCUACCAAAUUAUGCUUCCAAAGUUGGUAUCACCGUAUUUUAUGCGAUAGCUUUAUAAAUAUAUAAAACCACCCAAGUGUCACUUCUUAAAUUGAUAGCUUGUUUCGAAAUAAAAGCCAACGAUGCAUUGAAACUUUCUAAUAAUUAUAUCCAGCUUUAAUAAAGUUUCUUCAACAAAUAAGAAAGAAAAUAUCGACAAACCCCGGUAUUGAGAAGGCAAGAAGCUAGUAGAGCAUUUCCAAUUUUUUGUUUAUAACUUGAGAGAUAAAAAAACGUAUGAUAGGUAUGAAAUAAAUAAAUAAAAAAUAGCGAUAGCCAAUGAUCAAGUUCUCUAUGUAUAGUGAUAUAGUAAAAGCUUUCCAAGACCGUGAGAUCUGGUGAAGGAGGUAGCCAUGCAAUUGAUCUAUUGAUAUUUACAAGGUCUAAAACGCCGCCUCAAGUAAUUCAUGACUAUAUAAACAUUGUGGGGUGGGGCUUCAUCUUGCUGCCAGUAAACGUUCCUGUAUAUUCCUAAAAGCAAACCUUCCAGGAUCCUUCUAUUUCAUAUUGUAGAAAUCCCUAAUAUCUUUAGUUGACCACCCUUGAAAAAACAUUGGCGCUACAAUUCUCAUUCGGAGUAUUCAGGCCCAAACAGUUCUAAUGCAUCGGUGGCUUUAUUUUGAUAUAGGUAGAUAAUCAAUUAUUUUAGACAUGAACGCUCAUUCUACUUUAUCAAGUCAAUCACUUGAAAUACGUUAAGGGCCGAUUUAUUCACCUUGUGAUAAACUGUCAGCUCGACCGUCAGGUAUGCAAUCUGACGGAUAAAAACACAAUCUGUAAUCCCAUUGGAACGGUGAAUUUAUCUUGCAGAUUGUCCUAAAUUUGACAUUCUUCUAUACAGAAAUCAACCUUAACCUCCAAAAAUAAUAUGUCGCCAUUUAAAUUUAUGAAGCUGUAGUCACUUCCGACAAAACCGGAAGUGGCCAGACUUUGAGGCCAGACUUUGACUGGUGUUGCUUUUACACAUCCGUUAAGAGAUAACCUUUUGCAAAACCUAUACCCUAUACGGAAAUUCAAUUCAAUCGGAAAAGAAAUACAAAAAUGUCAGCGCGAAAGCAGUCUUGUCGACACCGGGUAUUACAGAGUGAUUUCAAAAUAUGAAAAUAAAAAGUCGUGUGAACAGUAAUGCUGCAAUAUGUAUAAUAUAUUUUUGAAAUUUACAUUUUGUCGAGUACUUUUCAUGAUACUAGGUCAUGAGGUUUGACUGUGCCAGUGAAGACGAAGAAUAUUAUUUAAAUAUUAUUUAAAAAUUAGAGAAAAAAAUCACUUCGCACUUCAAAUGAAUAUUUAAAAUAACCAUAAAAAUAAAUGAAUGGCAAAAAUAGAUAUUGCUCCAACCACAUAUAAUACACACACACAUAGAUAAAGCUGUUGUUGUUGGCAAGCUAAGGAAACCAUGUGCUUGCAAAGAAAUGAAAUGUACUUUAAUUUCAAAAUGUAGAUUCCAUUCUUUUUCCAAAUCCAUUAAUAUGAUUCUUGAAUUGUAUUGUAUUUGUAAUUAAUGAGAAAGACAUGUGAUAGUGAUAUUAUUGGAUAAUUCCGGCUCUGUCAAUUUACCAGCUAAUAAUAAUAAUAUUGCUUUAUGGUCUUUCUCAUUAAAAUUUUAAAUAUAAACUAAUUUUUUAAUAUUGUGAGUACAAAAUUUUAAUAAUUUUUUUUGGAGUGAUAUAAAAUUCAUUAUUAUAUUUUAAAUAUUGAUAUCUCCUUUUUACUAUACAUCUAGGUUAAAUUGUAAAUACAUAUUAAUUAUAUAUUCAUUCUUUUUACAUUAAAACUUAGAAGUUUAACAUAAAAUAAAUAUUUUUUAUUUUUUUUUUCGGCCAAAGAUGCAUCAAUAAGCUGCAAUCGAUUCUUUAAAUUGAAUGAGGUACCCAAAUACUGCGUGUGCAUCAGUGGAAAUUGUAGACCAACGAUAAGAUACUUGGAAUAUUUUUACAUUUUUGGGAUCUCUAGGUCUUCUAUUCUAGUUAAAAAAUGUUCCUGGUGUAGAUAUUAUCCUGACUUUUUUUACGUUGAAAAAAUAAUUGUUUUUCGCACUUUUUGUGGCUUGUGGCAAUUUUUCGUCUUUAGCUGCUUGUGACAUCCUUUGUGUACGAACACUAGUAUUAUAGUCGGUUUAUACUUACAAAAUUAAGAAUUAAAUUGAACUUAGAAUUUUUUCUGCAAGCAAGGGAUAAAAUAUAAAAUGUUUUUUCAUUUUUUUGUUUUAAUAAAGAUUGCAAUGCACGCUAAUAGCAUAAUUUUGGCAUGGACAUUAUUCAUUUUGUGCUAAAUGCAAAGAAAAUCUUAUUUAAAUAAAUAAUUAGAACAAUACAAAUAUGUAUCUGAGUUAGAUAAAAUUAUAAAAUACCCUAUUGACGCAUGUCCUGGACCGAACAUGAAUAAAUGAAUAUGAACGUUGUACGAACUAGAACUAUCUCCUCAAUUCUCAAUUGAAUGUUGGCCAACUUACUACAUUUCAUAUUGUAAUGUAAUCUUAUUGACAUUAGAACAAUGAUUUUUUUAGACCAGCGUGCUUUAUUUGAACCGCAUACAGAAUAUUCUAUCGUAAAUACACGACAGCAAACAGCCAAAAAGGAUCAAGUUAAUCAAAUGUUAGUCGACUUCAUGAAAUAUAUCGAAGACAAAAAACAAGCUUCUUCAGUGCUGUUGGAGUCUCAAGAUGUAAAUCCAAAAUACGCCACAGGCUUUGAGAUGAAGCAUAGUUUAGUCUGAAAAGGUUGGUGAGGACGAAAGACCUAGAAAAGCUAGAACUUCUUUAGGUUGCUUCUGGAGAUUGCGAAGGAAAUGCUGAAGAUGGGAGUAUAAAGAAUGCUACAAGCUUUACAUAAGAAAGCCCUUUUACAACACAGAAAUGAUGCUGCUGAAAGUGUAAUAAUUAAUGAAAUUUGCCUUGAAAACUCAGUAAGUAUAGUAAGUGAAGUGGAAACUGUUAAAUCCUUCACUAUUUACCUUUAACAUAAUUUUACAAAGAUGGCAAAGAUGAAAGUACCUACAAAUGAUGACAUUUGUCUUAUAAACUCGGUGGAUAUAGAGAAAGGAGAUAAAGAAAAUGAUGAAAGAGAGAGAAAAGAACAUCUUCGCCACAAGAUAUAGAAAAUCGCUCUUCACAUAGUGACAUUGGAUUUGUAAGGCCAGUGUAUUUGGUGAAGUAUUUGGAUUCGUCGCCAGUAACUGAAGAUAUAAUUUCUCCUCCACAACUUAGGUACAGGAAAUGAAAACCCUAAGAGUUCAAAUAACGAUUUGUACUAUAAGCCCAGUGAAUAUGUAGAAAUAUGUGGAAAAUUUAAAAUCUAUUUGAAAGCCACCGAUAAAUUGAAGAAUGCUCUUCAUUUCAACAAUAAUGAUAAUUAUGAAUGCUCAAACAAAGCUGCAUACUUUGUAGACUUGGAUAAGUUGGCUUCUGAAGUAAAUUGUAAUGAUGUUAGUCCUCAAAUUCCUCCAAGCACUGUGGAAAAAGAUUUGAAUCGUUCUAUAUGUUGUCGGCCUAAAUUUUCGAAACAAGUCGAAUAUUUCCGUGAACCGUUAGUCGUAGACCACCUUUUUUAAAAACUCGUGGAGACCUUCAAAUUUCAUCUAAAGAGUUUUCCUCUCCGACUUGCCGUUUUUGAGCUAUGACGGUUUGAAAUUUCGACUUUCAUCAAAAUCACAGUACCUUAGGAAAGCAUAGGACCAAAAAAAUAAUGUGAAAUUUCCCGAAUUUCUCUUUGACCACGGUAUAAAGAGGAUCCUGAAGACUCGCAAAACAAUUUUUUUUUUAAUUUUCCGAUUAUGUACCCAUGCAUUUUCACCAUUUUGCGCCGAUUCGACACAGCACAGCACAGCUCCACUAAACUGGCCACAAGUCGAGUGUCUUUGAACCUAUUUCCUUGAAGCUUGUUUUCGAUAAGGGAUUAAUAAAUUGCCACCGUUUCAAGUCCUCAAAGGCUAGAGGAAGACAACCUCGAUCACAAAUUACCUAUUCCUCAUACAUCGGGCUAAUUCCACGAAUUCGGAAAAACUGUAGACUAGUCAAAGACCCAAUCAACAGCUUCGGAACAGGACCGAAAAUCAGAGACGAACUAAGCAACCAAAACGGUCAAUGAGUAUUGUUAUAACGUCCAUCAAGGAAUCUCUAGGAAGAUGAAAGUAGUCAAUGUCAGAGAUAAAACAAAAAAAAAUGGACCUGUAUAAACGAAACAAUGAUAAAACUGAAUGUAUAUUAUGUUUUUAAGAAAAAUAACAAUUUUGGGAACAUAUGGAGUGAAGAUUCUAUCUACAACUCGGUGAUCAAAUCAUAGAAGAAGGAAACUCAAGGGAAAUAAAUAUUGCUAGGAGACUGCCUAGCAAAAUUUUUGUCUAAUUUCUAAAAACUAAAAUUUUGUGCAAAAAUAGUAAAUACCAUAAAAGAAUUAAAUCAAAAUAUUAAUUUUUUCAGUUUUCUAAAAUUUAUUGUGAAGUUAUCACACUCAAAAGAAUCUACUAAAUAUCUGCACAUAGUAUCUAAAAAUAAAUUGAGGUACACUAAAGCAAAACAUUUUUCAGUUUUAAAAAAUGAUUGUUAAGGUUGUCACAAGCAAGUAGCGUACUAAAUAUCUGUACAUAAUCUUCAUAAUCAUGACUCCGAAGAUGUUUUAGUAUUUGGGAAGUUUUGUAUCCAGGAAUAAUAAUUUCAUACUUGGUGUUUCAUCAAAUUUUUCCCAUCGAAAGAACUUAAUCUUUUUCCUUUUUUUUUUGUGUAAAUAAAUAUUGCUUUUCAACAUAACAAAAUACCUAGUUGAUAAUCAUUGUUCUAUUAUUGUGAAUAAAUACUUUUGCAGUAAAUACAUGUUUUUUGUUUUAUGCAAGUCGAGAUGCAGAACAUUAAUUAGUUUCCUUUGUGAGAAUAAAACAUAAUUAGUGUAAUUUUUAAGUAUCUUAUGGUUCUAUCAUAGCAUUUUAUAUCCAAAUCAAAUUACAUACAGGGUCUCCCUUUUACUCCCACUAAAACAAUAGUCUUUUUCCAAGAUUUUGACAAGCUGAGACCUUUAAAAAGAGGUAUGUGACACGACCCCUAUCCCUUAUUCAAAUUUGGGGGGUUGUUCCCCCCCCCCCCCAGCUAGGGGGUUAAAGCUACGGGGAUGAAAAAUAGUUCCGCCUUAAAUCGAAAAUCGACGUGUCCGAGCGUUUUUCCAGAUUUUCAAUCCAAAUCUAAUAAAUCGGGGUUGACUGUUUUCCCUGGGACACCCUGUAUGUACUAAUCUUAAACUAAAAACUACUAACUAAUACUGGCCUUUAUAUAUCCGCGUAAUCCAUCGUUGUAAAAUCCAGAAGAACGCAAUUGCGUCUUUUCCUGAAUAAGGCAGUAUUUUCUAGAAUUCAGUGAUUAGAUUCUGUGCGCCUUGGCGUAUGCGCCACAUUUCGUUACACUGCCCUCCUCAAGGUUGAUCGUCCCGAUCAACUUAGAGUCUAGAUGUACAACUUUCAUCUUACUCCUGGUGAUGCGCUGAACUCGAUAAACCAAAUCAUUGAUCCUCUUGAUUAUUCUGCAGGGUCCUCCCCAUGCUGAAGACAAUUUCGGAACACUCCUUUCUUUCUUGUUGGAUUAUACAGCCAUACUAAAUCACCUUCUUGAAAUCCGACUGAAUUGGCAUUCAAGUCGUAUCUGAGGCGGGAUUCUGUAACGGAUAGAGAUCGUUAUUCCUAUCGCUAUGGAACUUGCUGUCUUCUUCUCUCUUUCCGAAAUCAGUAGAGAGGGGACGUCAAUAGAGAUAGCGAAAAUAUCUCUAUUCCUUACAGAAUUCCACUGCUGGUCUUCAUUCCGUCCCUGGCCAACUGAAUAUGCUCCCGAGGUUAAUCAUGUAUCACCAGAAGUCGUGCCCUUACUUCGUCAGCAUAAUUUCGAAUUUCUUUCCGUUCUUCUUCAGGUAUUCCAAACAUCAGAUCGCAAGGUAACCUGAGUUCCCUCCCAAAAACGAUUCUAGCUGGAAUUCCACUUGUUGACCUGUGAAUAGCUGCUCUGGAAGCCAUUAAAAAUAGAGGCAAAUGUUUGUCCCAAUCCCGCUGGUUUUUUGUGCGACUACUUUUUUCAGGUCUUCCUCUAUAUGGUCUUAUUGAAUCGUUCCACCAUGCCAUUAGACUGUAGAUGUAAAGGUGUUGUCCUUGUCUUACACAUUCCCAUGAUCUCACAAAUUUUUUUAAAGAUGGCAGACUCGAAGGUUCGUCCCUGAUCUGAAUGCAACUCAUGACGACUGAAAACUUCGCCCACUAAUACCUGGGCAAUAGUGAUGGCUUCUUGAUUUGAAAUAAUAGCGAAAACGUCUGGCCAUUUACUGAAGUAAUCCAUGAUAACCAAGAUGUAUUUGUUACGACGCUCUGACUCAGGGAAUGGCGCUUGCCGGCAAUAUCUAUCGCUAUUCGUUCAAAUGGGAGACCGACGUUGUACUGUGUCAUGGGCGCCCGAGAUCUUAGUUUAGGGCCUUUACUGGUAGCACAGAUGUCGCAUUUUCGGCACCAGUUUUUAACGUCUUCAUGAUAGUGAACCCAGUAAAAACGUUCCCGAAUUUUGUCCAAAGUCUUGUUAACUCCAACAUGUGUCAAAACAUCUUCUACUCGAUCUUUUGGAAUAACCAGUGUUGGCUCUUAGUAAAUUUUCCAUCGGCACUUUCCCAAAUUCUUUUCAGUAAACCAUUUUCUACGGCCAGAGACUUCCGCACUGAGCCCACAGCGCCUUAUAAAUCAAACUCUUGUUCGACACUUCCCUCCAUUCUGGCUUACAUUCAUCAUUUUCUUUGAGAUGUAGAAAUUACCCGGCGAUGUCCUGGUCUGCUUCUUGAUCUGCUCUCAUUUAUUUGGUAGUCCAUUUGUCAUCAACGAUCGGACCCGUUGUUCUCACAGCCGUACCAGUGUUUUUCACAUGCAUAUCGAUUUUUUGACGGAGCUUCCAGUCUUUUUUGCAUAGUCGUCUAGACAGAGCUUCAGCAUUUUCAUGAAGGUUUCCUGGUCGAUGUUUAGGGCUGGCGUCUCUAGAUCUCCAAAAGCGUUGGAACGAUCCCUAGAUGGAAAGGGCGUCCUUAGUCUACAAUUCCAUUGCAUAUGUCCAAGCUUAUGGCACCGGUAACAUUUUACUCGGUUUCUCGGUGUUGGUGUUUGUUUGAAGUCGUUUCCCAGUUGUCUACCCUCUAGUAAUAGUUAUAGUUUCUCCAUUUUCUCCAUGAGCUUACGCAUAACAUUCUCGAAGUUGCCCUCCUCUUUCGACGAUUGCUUAUCGUUUGGGUCUUCAAUGGAUACUGCUCGUAUUCUGAGUCGUGAGGCACCAAAGAUUGUUUCCAGUUCCAAUGCUCGGACGAG